AUGCCCCGCGACGUUACGGAGUUUGCUUACAGCCUGCUCGACAAGGGCCUGGUUCCAGACUUCAUUCUUCGCAUAAUAAUUCGCGCCCUGUGCCGCCAACGACUACGAACGAUUGAUCAUGGAUCUUUAUUCUCUCCUGUCCUAGGUCCAUAUGCAAAAUAUUCCUCUUGUCUGUACCCAACUGGCCGUGAAACACUGGAACAAGCAGAGAUUCUGAUGUUAGACAGCUAUUGCGAGAAAGCACAGCUAACAGAUGGGAUGGAUGUCCUUGACCUUGGAUGCGGAUGGGGCAGUCUCUCCAUUUAUCUUGCUCAGAAAUAUCCAAAAUCUCGGAUAAUCGGUCUAUCCAACUCCUCGACCCAGAAGUUGUACAUUGACGCUAUUGCGAAAGAAAAGGGUCUGAACAAUGUCAAGAUCAUCACUGGGGAUGUCAAUAUAUUUGAAUUCGGUGACACUCAGUGCUUUGACCGUAUCUUGUCCAUCGAAAUGUUUGAGCACAUGAAAAAUUAUGAAGUGCUUCUUCGGAAGAUAUCCACUUGGUUGCGUCCAACCUCUGCAGACCAUGCACACGAAUCUUUCUUAUUUGUGCAUCUGUUCUGCCAUAAGAUGACCCCUUAUCACUUCGAACAGGACGACGGAUGGAUGGCCCAGUCGUUCUUCACCGGUGGCACAAUGCCUUCUCAUGACCUCCUCGCAUACUUUCAGUCAGAUCUGACCCUCGUCAGAAGCUGGUACAUUAACGGUCGUCAUUACUCUCGUACACUCGAAGCCUGGCUCGAGAAACAGGAUCGUAAUGCUAAAGCAGGGAUCAAAGAACUCGAGAAAGACGCAAUUUCAAAGGGCCUCGACAAGGAGGAGGGCCGUAAAGCCUUCUACAGGUUUCGCAUCUUUUAUAUGGCCUGUUCGGAACUUUUCGCCCUUAAUGGUGGCGAAGAAUGGGGCAUUGGACAUUACUUAUUCAAGCCCAAAAUUAUGCAACAGUCGUAA